UAUUAUUAAAAGAAAAAAAAUUGGAAGUCCAAAACUUCAAACCCUUGGGAUAAAAUAAAACAUAGGCAAUCUCUGCAAGUAAAGAUUUUGCUUUCUCUUUCUUCUAAAACAAAAUUGCUUUCUCAAUCAAAGCAACAAACUUUCUCUCUUGCUAAAGCAUGGGGCUUUGGAUUUAGUUGGCAUUUCCAUAAGUCUACUGAGAUUCCAACAGAUUUUGUGAAGAGUUGUCGUUUCAAACUCCCAAGGAAAACGAGGUCUUUGAUGAUCUUUCUCCAUAGAACAUGGCAACUGAGAGCCCGAUGCGAAUGAUAGAAAGUAAUGGGGCUACAAAGUGGCGCUCUUCAAAGGAUGCUCUAGUAUUUGAUUCACAAUUGAAUGAUAUGGAAGUAGAGGAGUUGACAAUGCUUUUGAAAGGACAAAAAAUCCGUGGAGAUCAAACAGAUACAGUGCCAAAUCGAAGUGGGAGUGCUCCACCAAGUAUGGAAGGUUCAUUUACAGCACUUGGAAACCUUUUGGCUCAAAAGAACACUAGCCUGACUUCAAGCCUGGCAAGUUUGAGCAGUGUCAUUGACAAGUGUGAGUCUGAGGAGCAACUGCGUUCUCAUCCAGCUUAUUUUGCUUACUAUUGCUCCAACAUUAACUUAAAUCCAAGGCUUCCACCGCCCCUUAUUUCACAUGAAAACCGACGCUUGGCACGCCAUAUUGGUGGUUUCGGUAGUAACUGGAGAGCAACAUCUGUGGAUGAUAGUGGCAAUGGGUCAUUACCUUUUUAUCGAACUUCACUCACUACACAUAAGGAGGAAGUUGAGGAUGAUAGAUCAUCCCCUAUACAAGCUUUAGACAAGUGGGCAGAAGAUAGUAAUGAGCCUUUGCUUGAACAAGACUUAGCAUCUUUCCCUGGUCGCCACAAGAGUUUGGUUGAUCUGAUACAGGAAGACUUCCCCCGCACCCCUUCACCUGUGUAUAGUCAGUCACGUUCAUCAGGCAUCACCACAGCAGAUGACCCAAUAGAUCAUGAUGUUAAUGCCAUCUCGUCAAAUUUUUCUUCCAUUAACUCUUCUUCAAAAGUACCUGAAUCGAUCGUGGGUUCUUCUGAUGCUUGCAUGGAUAGAAAUGCCCUGGAUGCUCAUGCUAUUAGUUUGAUACCCCACAAGGAUUCUUCAGAGACCUCUAUUCAGAGCUCGCAAUGUCCUGAACAGGUGGUUAGAUUAUCAACAUCUUCAAAAAAUGAUACAAAUGUGAAAGAUGCUAAGUCAGAUGCGGAUUCCCCUGGUGAUGUUUCACAGUCUGUCAUACUUUCCACUGUAGAGUCCAGAAUGAGGAAAAAACAAGAAGCACAGCAGUCUCAUGGAAGGAAUAUGCCUCAAGAAUAUUAUUCAUCUAUUCAACCAGCUUCUCCACAUCAGGCCCAAGGACUUCCAGCACAGGCCAGUUCUCAAGGAUUGAGCCAUCUGUAUAGCCAUUCUAGGUUCUCUUCUGUGGCAUCACAACCAUUAUUGCAUUCUUCUGGACUCACGCUUCCCAUGUAUGCAACAGCAGCACCAUAUAUGACUUCUGCAAACCCACUUUAUGCCAAUUUUCAGCCAUCUGGUCUGUAUGCUUCACAAUACAAUAUCGGUGGAUAUCCCAUGAAUCCUGCAUUUCUUCCCCCAUUUAUGGGCGGAUACCCUUCUCAUGCUGCUAUUUCUUUGCCAUUUGACUCUACUGCUUCUGGUUCAAGCUUCAAUAAUCGAACUUAUGGUGCUUCAACUGGGGAAAACACUCCACAUACAAGUGAUUUACAGCAUCUUGGCCACUUCUAUGGGCAGCAUGGAUUAGUGCUGCCACCUUCCUUAGUCGAUCCACUUCAUAUGCAAUACCUCCCAAAUUCGUUUAGCAGCACAUAUGGUGCUUCUGUUCAGCAUGGUCAUUUGUCAUCAACUGGUGCUUCUGGGGGCCAAAUUGAUUCUUUUGUGCAGAAAGAGUCAAGUGGUGCUGCUUAUAUUGGAGAUCCAAAAGUUCAGCCUCCAAUUAAUGGGAGGCUAAGCAUUCCAAAUCCUGGGAAAGUUGGAAGUAUUGGUGGUGGCUUUUAUGGAGGUCACCACAGCAUGGGUGUUAUUGCCCAAUACCCUACAUCACCAGUUGCUAGUCCGCUGAUGCCAUCAUCACCGGUAGGUGGAAUGACUCCUCUAGGUCGCAGAAAUGAAACUAGAUUUCCUCCAAAAGCAGGACCUCAUUCUGCAUGGCAAGGACAGAGAGUCAGCAGCUUUGAGGACUCCAAAAGGCAUUCCUUUCUUGAAGAACUGAAAUCCAGCAAUGCCCGAAAAUUUGAGCUCUCUGAUAUAUUUGGUCGUAUAGUUGAAUUCAGUGUUGAUCAACAUGGGAGUCGAUUUAUCCAGCAGAAGCUGGAGCAUUGCUGUAUUGAGGACAAGGAGUCUGUUUACAAAGAAGUCCUUCCGCAUGCUUCAAGAUUAAUGACUGAUGUUUUUGGUAAUUACGUCAUUCAAAAGUUCUUUGAGCAUGGGAGUUGCGAGCAGCGAAAUGAACUUGCUGAUCAACUGGUUGGAAAUAUGUUAAACUUUAGUCUGCAAAUGUAUGGUUGUCGUGUGAUACAGAAGGCGUUGGAAGUGAUUGAUCUGGAUAAAAAAACCCGACUUGUUCAGGAGCUUGAUGGUCAUGUUAUGAAAUGUGUACGUGAUCAAAAUGGGAAUCACGUCAUACAAAAGUGUAUAGAGUGUAUCCCUACUGAUAGAAUUGGGUUUAUUAUUUCGGCAUUUCGUGGUCAAGUUGCCACCCUUUCUACUCAUCCCUAUGGUUGUCGUGUCAUUCAGAGAGUUUUGGAGCAUUGUUCAAACAAACUGCAAAGUAAGUGCAUCAUUGAUGAAAUUUUGGAUGCUGCUUACGACCUUUCUCAAGAUCAGUAUGGAAAUUAUGUUACCCAGCAUGUUUUGGAGAGGGGAAAGCCGCAUGAAAGGAGCCACAUUAUUAGCAAGUUGACUGGGAAAAUUGUACAAAUGAGUCAACAUAAAUAUGCAUCAAAUGUUGUUGAGAAGUGCUUGGAGUAUGGUGAUGGUGCUGAACGAGAGCAUUUGGUUGAGGAGAUAAUCGGACAGUCUGAUGAAAAUGACUCUUUAUUGACUAUGAUGAAGGACCAAUUUGCAAAUUAUGUGGUCCAGAAGGUUCUUGAAGUAAGCAAUGAUAGACAACGGGAACUAUUACUGGAUCGUGUAAGAGUUCAUCUUAAUGCUUUGAAGAAAUAUACUUACGGGAAACACAUUGCUGCUAGGUUUGAGCAACUGCUUGGUGAAGAAAGCGAUGCCUCAGCGUCGGGGCAUUAGCAGUCUUUCGAGUAUGCGCGACUUGGGAAAACUGUUGAUCAUUCUUAGGGAAGACAACAGCCUGGAACUGUUCCAGGCCUGCUAGAUAAAUAGUUAAAAGUCGGGGAAUAAAUGUAUUACUGUAUGUUUUAAACCGUGUUUAUGUAUAUCUAUGUAUAGAAUCAAACAACUUAAAAAGCUUGCAGUGAUUGCUUGGAAAUUGAUUGAAAUUUAGCUUGACAAA